AUGAGGGAUUCAUUCGGCGUGACUGAAAGCACCAUGAACCCGGGCCUCUGGCUAUUGGGCUUGCUGGUUUGGGCACAGUUUGGACAGGGAAAUGGCCAACAAUCUGUGCUGGAAUAUCAUCAAAUGGAUGGGCCCGAACCUCCGCCUGGCCUGAGGAGGAUUCCCCUCAACAAAAUGGAAAGCAGAAGGAGGAAAUUGCAAAGAUCUGGUAAGGAAUUAGUAAAUAGUGGCAGAUUUUAAUCUGAAUCUGAAAAAAAAGUAAAACAUUCUUUGGCUAUUUUGCCCUCUGAAAUCAUCAAUUUUGUAGGCAAAAUUAUAAAAAUUUUGUUCAAUUGUAAAUGUACACAAUAUGAAAAAAUUUUUGAAAUUAUUUUUAAACCCCGUUUGAAAGUUUUUUCCCACGUUUCAAACGUCUUCCCGAGCCAUCUUUUCAUUUGUAAUUGUAAUGUUCUGUUUGCAGGAGAAUGGAAAGAUUACAAAAGGUUAAAGAAGAAGCUGGAGAGACAGUCCUAUCUCAGCUUUGCCUCCAUUUCAUCGGAUGCAGCUCACGGCAACUUUGUGCAUUCGGUGAAUAACUACGAUGAUGUUGAGUAUAUUGGGAAUGUAAGCCCGUUUUAAUAGCAAUAAUGAUACGGAGCCUGUUGAAUAGAAAUUUGGUGAUUUAGAUUACAAUCGGAAGUCCCCCUCAAGUGUUCCGAGUGGUCUUAGACACGGGCUCGGCCAACCUCUGGGUGCCAGAUUACAAUUGUGGCCAGACAACGAGCACUACCACUUGUCCGGAUGAGUGUAAUGUCAAGCCGAGUCAGUUUUUAAUUUACCUAUGAUUAAAAAAAAGGUUUGUCUUAUUUUUUAUGAGGCAUUUUUCGAAGCGCAAGUUGAUAUAAAUUUUUUGAGUGCACGUUUGGUAAAAAAGUUGGUAGAACUUUAUUGAACUUCAACUUUUUUGAAUUUUAAUAUAAAACAUUCGUUUCUAGUCUUUUUUGCCAAGCUUAAUGACAAUUUUGCGGAUGUUCCAAUGACUUUUUUCUAAUCGAAUUGUCAUCAUUUUUUCUAAAAAUAAUUUACAGAUCUAUGUCAAUAUCUCUGUGAUCACACCUGUUGUACUACAACCACCCAAGCUAAGGUGACUUCAACCUUAAAUUCAUUUGUGAAUAACAUCAAAGACAAGCUCCCUCUGUUCCCUUUAUUUGAUCGGAUCAAGAGAUCUACCUCCACAGCCAAUGCUUGUGAUACCAAGAACAAGUUCAAUAGCACGGCCUCCUCCACUUAUGUCGCCACAAACACUUCUUUUGCCAUUUAUUACGGCAGCGGGAGUAGCAGUGGAUUCUUUGGGACAGAUACAGUUGCAGUAAGUUGAUUAGACACAAGCCAGAGAUUUAAAGGAUCAAAUGACGUAUUCGUCAUCGAAAAAUUGUUUAACAGAUCAUCAUUAUGACGAGUUUAGAACAAAAACAGAAGGUUCUUGUUCGCGAUUUAUUACAGUAAACUUUACGGAUUUCUAACAUUGUUUUAUGUGAUAUAGUUGGGUAGUUUAGAUGUAGAUAUUAUACAAAAACAGGGAUGGAUUAAACAUGUUGACGUAGUAGUUCCUAAUCUAAAAUAUGAAAUAAAUGAAAAAGAUUAUAGAGUAAAUACUGCUUUCAGUUCAUCAACGCCAACAAUUCCACCCUCUCGAUCCCGCACACCACCUUCGGCCAAGCCACCCAUAUGGCCCAAGUCUUUGCCAAUCAGCCAAUCGACGGGAUCCUUGGUUUGGCCUUCCAAGCCUUGGCCGUGAACAACGCAAUCCCUCCAUUAGUCAACGCGAUUAAUCAGAAUCUUCUCAACCAAUCAUUAUUCAGUGUUUGGUUGGCCGGGGAAAGUUCCAAUUCAUCGGCAGGAGGGGCCUUUACGUAUGGGGGAAUUGAUACUGAGCAUUGUGCUGAUGAGAUCAAUUACGUCAAUUUGACUCGAGCUGCGUAUUGGCAGUUCAGGCUGGACGAGGUCAGGAUUGGAAACUUUAGCCGAGAUUAUGGAUGGGAGGUGAGAAUGGACAUAUUGUCAUACAUAUUACGUAGAUUUUAGAAAAAAUUUCAUAGCUCACAAUUCAAUGAGAGAAAUUUUUAAAUCUCUCCUAUGAGCUCUAUACAGACCACAGUUAACUUGUGCCAGGUCUCAUCAAAAUCAAUUCUCUUUACUGUGAGAAAUUGCCCUUGCAAAUAUGUAUUAUUCACCCCUUCUAAAGUCAUCAUUUUUCCCUUCAGGUAAUCUCCGAUACGGGUACUUCUUUCCUCGGAGUUCCAUCUCGAGUUGCAGCCAAGAUCGCCAAAGAGGCUGGGGCCAAUUACUCCUCUGAUUACGACGCCUAUCUAAUCGAUUGCGACGCCACUUUCCCGGACCUUAUCCUCAAGAUCAAUGGCAUCGAUUAUCCGAUCGCUUCGAACGAAUUGAUAGUUGGCGAUGGGCUCUGUGAACUUGCAAUCUUCACUUAUUCAGCCGGGAAAGGUGACCUUACACCCAAAUGGAUCCUCGGCGAUCCAUUUAUCCGCGAGUACUGUCAGGUCUAUGAUUACGGUAACAAAAGAAUCGGGUUCGCUCAGGCGAUUGUGUAG